GGAUUGACCAAAAUACUUUUAAAAAAUUUUAGAAAUUUAAAAAGAAAAAAGAAACACCUUGACAGACAAAAUCUUAAAUACCAGUAGAGAGACCUAGCCGGAAAAACAAAAGUCAACAACUCAUCACAACCUAUAAACCAGAUAUACAACUUCAGCCCACGCCUCUGCUUGUCUGUCUACCUUUGAAGCAUUCUCUUGCAAGACAGCAACAGUCUAGAAGUUUUAGUCAUGGCUUAUGUCCCUGGCCGCGGAGACAGCAUUUCACCACCGGGCACUGUGGCCUUCACAGCCAAGCUGGACAUCUGUGACAGCUACCCAAAACACUCAGGAGUCCUGAAGUUUGCCACUGUGCUGCUCAACGAGGGAGGAGGCUACAGUCCUGACACAGGCAUCUUCACCUGCCCUGUGGAUGGCUUCUAUCACUUCACUGUGCAUGUGUCUGUGUAUGGGCGUGGACAGUGUGCUAUAUACAAGAAUGCAGAGAAAGUAGUGUCUCUGUAUCACACCUCCCUCCCUGAUAAAUGUAGCCAAGUGGCCAGUGUUAGCAGUGUGGUGAAACUGUCUGAGAAGGACACAGUCUGUGUGAAUGUCUGGGGGCCUGGCAGAAACGAUAUCUUUGCAACUGAAGAUAAUGACACUGUCUUUGUUGGAGUUUGUUUGAGUUAAAAAAAUAAAAAUAAAAAAAAAACUCUGUGUCAAACUGUCAAUUAAGUCAAGGUGAUUAUUGGAUUAGUUUGUUACAUUAAUGUUACAUUGGUUUGAAUCUUUUGUUUGUGUUUUGUUAGCCCUUUCUUGGUGAAUAUGUGAAAAAGUGUGUUAUGUGUAGGGUGUUUUAUGACAAAACCAAACCAGAACCGAAAGCUUUAGUCUUUGCAUCAAUAAAUUUGGC